GCAGACGGAGAAAAUAAAAAAAAAUAUCUUUGACUUGGCUACCUUGGGGUUUGAGACGCUAUAUCUGGGUGCGAGUUGGGUUCAGCGGGCUGAGUUAAGAUCACCGAGUCUAGUCCCCUAUACCCCACCCUCAAAAUAAGGAAAAAACACACCUGAGCUGGGAAGCCAUGACUGACAGUGAGGAACACCACUUUGAGUCUAAGGCUGAUGCCGGAGCCUCCAAGACUUACCCUCAGCAAGCUGGUACUGUCCGCAAAAACGGCUAUAUAGUCAUCAAAGGCCGUCCUUGCAAGGUUGUUGAGGUUUCAACCUCGAAAACUGGGAAGCAUGGACAUGCAAAGUGUCACUUUGUAGGGAUCGACAUAUUCACUGGCAAGAAGUACGAUGAUAUUGUACCCUCUUCCCACAACUGUGAUAUUCCUCAUGUCAACCGUACUGAUUACCAGCUGAUAGAUAUCUCUGAGGAUGGAUUUGUAAGUUUGCUUACUGAAAAUGGCAACACUAAGGACGAUCUGAGGCUCCCUAGUGAUGACAGUCUGCUUGCCCAGAUCAAGGAAGGUUUUGGUGAGGGGAAGGACUUGGUCGUGUCAGUGAUGUCUGCAAUGGGAGAGGAACAGAUUUGUGGACUCAAGGAUAUUGGUCCAAAGUAGUCAUUUGAUUAAUGAGUACGAGACUAUCUGUUGGUGCAAUUAAGCAUAUAGGUUUCUUUAAAUCCUGUUAUGGCCUUGCGUUUGGUGAGACUCGUCAUAAGUAUUAUUAUGCUGGUGGUUGUUCCAGAUAUGGUUUUGUGGUUCUGGAGACACAAGUUAUCUUUUUUUUUUAUUAUUUCUUUAGUUCUUUUGGUGUUCUAUUUCCUUGUGCUUUAUAUAUUCCAUGGGAAUAUUUCAAGAAUGUAUGUUAUCGCUAUGUGGAGAAAUGAAAGAAAAGCAAAUCUGAUAUGCUUUAUUAUAGAA